AUUUUCGUUGAUCGCAUGCCAUCCUGCUAUUUCUUGCAGAGAAGCCCCAUUUUCGUGUUCGUCAGAGCUUGAUAAACCCUAGCAGAGCAAUCGAACAUCUCGUCUUCGAUUCCUCCUGCAUCCAUUGUCGAUUCCUCCCUCCACCGCCACGGAAAAGGGUUCAGGUGUUGAUCUCCGCUGCUACACUGCCAGAAGAAGCAGCAACAAGACAGACGAAGCUCGCGGACCUCCCUUGAGCCGAAGCAGAAGAAGCAGAUCAUCGACCCGAACUCUAAAAAAUUCAAAUUUAGGGCUUUGUCGAUUGAUUCCGCUACUCGAAUCGAGAAAGUCUCCGAGCUUGAGAUCACUGUUCAGGAAGCGGUCGCUGUGGCGAAGGAUCCUGUUCGCAUCCAGGAAAGUGAAGCAUCAUUCUACUCAACCUCCUAACAGUCGUUUACGAAGAAGAGAAGGAAAGCAGGAGGAGGAAGAUGAAUAAGAAAAAGGUGUUCAACCUGGCUAAGGGUUUCCGAGGCAGGGCGAAGAACUGCAUUAGAAUCGCGAGGGAGAGGGUCGAGAAAGCGCUGCAGUACUCCUACAGAGACCGCCGCAACAAGAAGCGUGAUAUGCGGUCUCUCUGGAUCCAGCGCAUCAACGCCGGCACUCGCCUCCACUCAGUCAAUUACGGUAACUUCAUGCACGGGUUGAUGAAGGAGAACAUCCAGCUGAACUGGAAAGUUCUGUCAGAAUUGUCCAUGCAUGAGCCACUUUGCUUCAAGGCCCUUGUGGACAUCUCUCGUAAUGCCUUCCCUGGGAAGAAGAAUGUGGUUCAUCCUCCCAAGAAGGUAAGCAUUCCAGUCAGUGUCUGGUAUGUUGGUCGCUUUGUGUCUCUUGUUUCUCUUUUUGAGCUCGAUGUUUGA